GCUCUGAAGGUUGUGUCUCUGUGCAGGCGGGGCCCCAGUGUUUGCAGACCCAUUCCUCCCGUAGCUCGCGCCCGGGUCUGGCUGCAGGAUGCUGCUCCAAGUGCGGAACCUGCGGCUCUGCGUUCCUCGAGCGCGCGCCUGGCCCGGCCCGCGACCUCGCCGUUACCACGGGGACAAAGUGGCAACGGUUGGCUCGGAGCCUGACACCAACUCGGCCCUCUUCCAGGAAAACUAUGAACGAAUGAAGGCAUUAGUUUCAGAACUGAAUGAGCGAGCAGAGAAGAUCAGAUUAGGGGGAGGUGAAAAAGCUCGACAGCGUCACACAUCAAGAGGGAAGUUGCUCCCCAGAGAACGUAUUGACCGACUGCUUGAUCCGGGAUCUCCGUUCCUGGAAUUUUCGCAAUUUGCUGGUUAUCAACUGUACGGCGAGGAGGUGGUACCAGCAGGAGGCAUCAUCACAGGUGUCGGAAGAGUAUCUGGGGUUGAAUGUUUGAUUGUUGCCAAUGAUGCGACAGUUAAAGGGGGAUCAUACUACCCAAUCACAGUGAAGAAGCAUGUAAGAGCACAGGAGAUUGCAAUACAAAAUCACCUGCCUUGUGUUUAUUUAGUGGAUUCUGGUGGUGCAAACUUACCUCGCCAAGCAGAUGUUUUUCCAGAUCGAGAUCAUUUUGGGCGUAUUUUUUAUAAUCAGGCCAACAUGUCUGCAAUGGGAAUUGCACAGAUAGCUGUGGUCAUGGGUUCAUGUACAGCAGGAGGAGCAUAUGUUCCUGCCAUGGCUGAUGAAAGUAUCAUUGUAAAGAAUCAAGGGACAAUUUUCUUAGGAGGCCCACCACUGGUGAAAGCUGCAACUGGUGAAGAAGUUUCAGCUGAAGACCUUGGAGGUGCUGAUCUCCACUGCAGGAAGUCUGGUGUGACUGAUCAUUACGCCUUGGAUGAUGCUCAUGCACUUCAUUUGGCACGAAAAGCUGUUCGAAAUCUCAACUAUCAGAAGAACUUAGAUGUGACGGUGGAAGCCCCAGAGGAGCCACUGUUCCCUGCUGAUGAAUUAUACGGUGUGGUUGGUGAUAAUCUGAAAAAAAGUGUUGAUGUCAAAGAGGUUAUCGCCAGAAUAGUGGAUGGAAGUAGAUUUAGUGAAUUCAAAGCUUUUUAUGGAGACACUUUAGUUACAGGGUUUGCAAGAAUUUUUGGGUACCCAGUUGGCAUAAUCGGAAACAAUGGAGUCCUUUUCUCAGAAUCUGCAAAGAAGGGCACCCAUUUUAUUGAGCUGUGUUGUCAGAGGAAUAUCCCCCUCAUAUUUCUGCAGAACAUAACAGGUUUCAUGGUUGGUCGAGAAUAUGAAGCUGGCGGAAUAGCUAAAGAUGGGGCCAAAAUGGUGACUGCAGUUGCAUGUGCAAAUGUUCCAAAAAUUACUGUCAUUGUCGGUGGUUCCUAUGGUGCUGGAAACUAUGGAAUGUGCGGAAGAGCAUAUAGCCCAAGGUUCCUGUACAUGUGGCCAAAUGCACGCAUUUCUGUGAUGGGGGGUGAGCAAGCUGCUACUGUUUUAGCUACAAUUACAAAGGACCAAAGGGCAAGAGAAGGAAAAGAGUUCUCUUCAGAAGAUGAAGCAGCUUUAAAGGAACCAAUCAUUAGGAGAUUUGAAGAAGAAGGCAGUCCAUACUUCUCUAGUGCCAGACUGUGGGAUGAUGGAAUAAUCGACCCUGCUGACACAAGGCUGGUAUUAGGCCUGAGUCUUAGUGCUGCACUCAAUGCACCCACAAAGAAGACAAACUUUGGAAUCUUCAGGAUGUAACUGAAGCAUUUAUUAUUUCAACACAAAUAUUUCCCAAUUUGCGACGCUAACAGGAAAAAACUGACUCAAUCAAAAUACUGUAAACUUUGUGAAAUAACAUUUCAAAUUCCAAUACCACUUUCUCAAAAUAAAAUUUUUCAAUAACUGUGAAACCCUGAUCAAUAACUGACAAAACAUGCUAGAAGAUAUGAGAAUAUGGGUUCACUUUUUAGUGAUAGACUUAGAUUCAGUUAUUUUAGUCCUGGUAGAGACUGAUACCUUUGUGGUUUGUGUGCUGCUUACAAUAGUUUAAACUCAAUGUCUUUCCUAUCCUUCUGAUUUUUAUUUUUUGACAUUGUAACCCUUCUCGUGUCAAUAGUCUGGCUGUACUGUUUGUAACGGUGAGAAAGGAAGUAUGUUUGAGCUCUUACCUGUUUAAUUUAUCUGUCUCCGUGAUUUGUGAGAUGUAUAUGACCUGCAUUAGGAUUAAAAGUGGAAUUUAUUAAGCUACGUCUUCCACCCCCACCCUUCCCCUCUACCUUUAGUGCUCUCAGCUUAUGUUAAUUUGGCCUUGGUUUUUAUAGUACAGCAAUUUGAUUAUAAAAUAAUUUUAUAAUGCAUUGGUCAUAUCCACAUUAAAGAAAAGGUCAAAAGAA